AGAUGCAUUCGACUAGAUGUCUGAAUAAGUAUGGAUAAGUAUGAAAUGCUUAUCAAAUAGAAUAAUUAUGGAUCUAAUGCAGCAGAAGAGUGGCAGAGGACAUGGGGAUCCAUCAGCUGCAGCGACUGGUGGAUCUGCUGACAGUGCAUGAGUGUGAGGAGCUCUUCCUGGCCCUAUCCCACCCUGAGGAGAACAUCUUCAAACAACUUGAGCGCCUGUCUGCAGAGAAGAACCAACUAAGACUUCUGUCCCGCACACAAAGAGACACAGGAGAUAAGGAGACCCACUGUCGUCCCGCUCUGACAGACUGGCUCCAGACUCAUGGCGAGCAGACGUAUUACGACAGACUGUCUCGCACACUACAACAGAUCGGAAGGACUGACAUCGCCAUAGAGGUGGGUAAGAACAUUAACCAGGACAAAACUCUGGAGAUGCAGCGCUAUGUGGAGGAAUACCAUGAGCAGGUCAACAGAAUGGCAUCGUAUCUGACCGCACCUCAAACAGAUGAAGGUCGUCAUGAAGAAACGCCACAGUAUUCCACAAGAGAAGUGAUGGGUUUGUCCUGGAAGAAUUUGGACUUAGUAGUGGAGAGGCAGCUGGUGCCACCAUAUCAGCAUCACUUGUUGGACAGGGCGUGGCCUCUGCUCUACGGCCUCGUCUUUGGAUUUGUUGGAGCUUUGCUCGUUAGCGUGCUUGUCCUUCUCUUUACCAUGCAUGGGUGCCUCUGUGACCAGCAGAAGUCACUACAUCUCUCCUGUCCAUCCUGGACCUGGCACCAGCGACACCGUAAACACCAUAGUUCCUCCAACUUCACUGCUGUGACAUCAUCUGAGAGGAUCCCACUGAAACAGUCAGAAGCUGAGGACUUGAAUUUGUUAGUUUAAAGAGGAAAUACAUGAUUUUUGCAAAACUUCAGCAAAAUGUAAUCAUUGAAAUUUAAACAGUCAGAAUGGUUUGAA